CAGCCACACUGAAAAGCAGGUGGGACGACAACAAAUCUGUUUUUCUCGAAAAACUACAACAAAGUCAAAAAAUCAUUAAAAACAUUUGUUUAAGCGAAGAUUUUUACAUAUUUUAGGAUGCCGGCUUACCACUCGAAAAUAACAGAGUCCCGCCAUCAGGUAGGUAACAUGGCCAUCCUGCCGCUGAGGACUCAGGUGCGGGGACCAGCGCCCAGUGCCAAUGUGGAGAGCGACAUCAUCGAUGAGUCACUGUACUUUUUCAAAGCCAAUGUAUUCUUUCGCACAUACGAGAUCAAGUCCGAUGUGGAUCGUGUGCUCAUCUACGUGACGCUCUACAUAACCGAGUGCCUGAAGAGACUGAAUCGCUGCACCAACAAGGCUCAGGGUCAGCAAGACAUGUACAGCCUGGCCAUCUCCAAGUUCGACAUACCUGGCGACGCCGGUUUCCCGCUGAACGCUGUCUAUGCCAAACCACAAUCCGCACAGGAUGCGGAUCUAAUGCGGCAGUACCUCCUGCAGUUGCGUCACGAAACCGGCAACCGGGUGGUUGAAAAGGUCUUUAGCACUGAGGAUGGCAAGCCCAAUAAGUGGUGGACAUGCUUCGCCAAGAAGAAGUUCAUGGAGAAGAGCUUGGCGGGACCUGGGCAAUAAACCAUUCAAUGUGUUCUUUCUAGAUGUUAGAUUUUGUUUGUAGCCCCAGAAGGCAUUUAACAUAAAUAAAUAAUUUAAAUUCAUAUUAA